CUCGCUGGUCCCAGAAGGCGCCGGGUUUCCCAAGAUGGCGGCCGACGUGUCCGUUACUCACCGGCCGCCGCUGAGCCCGGAGGCGGAGGCCGAAGCGGAAACUCCCGAGACCGUCGAUCGCCGGGCGCCCGAACAAGAGUUGCCGCCGCUCGAUCCGGAAGAGAUCCGGAAACGCUUGGAACACACCGAGCGCCAGUUCCGUAACCGCCGCAAGAUACUGAUCCGAGGCCUCCCGGGGGACGUGACCAACCAGGAAGUACAUGACCUCCUGAGCGACUACGAACUCAAGUACUGUUUCGUGGACAAAUACAAAGGGACAGCCUUUGUGACUCUGCUGAAUGGGGAGCAGGCUGAAGCUGCCAUCAACACCUUCCACCAGAGCCGCCUUCGCGAGCGUGAGCUGUCAGUUCAGUUGCAGCCUACCGAUGCUCUGCUGUGCGUGGCCAACCUGCCGCCUAGUCUGACACAGGCGCAAUUUGAAGAGCUGGUGCGGCCCUUUGGCAGCCUGGAGCGCUGCUUCCUAGUGUACAGUGAGCGCACUGGCCACUCUAAAGGAUAUGGCUUUGCAGAGUACAUGAAGAAAGACUCGGCAGCCAGGGCCAAGUCUGACUUGCUGGGCAAGCCACUGGGCCCACGCACACUGUACGUGCACUGGACAGAUGCUGGGCAGCUGACCCCUGCAUUGUUGCACUCUCGGUGCCUCUGUGUGGACCACCUGCCUCCUGGCUUCAGCGAUGUGGAUGCCCUGCGCCAGGCUCUGUCAGCGGUCUAUACCCCCACCUUCUGUCAGCUGGCAUGUGGCCAGGAUGGGCAGCUAAAGGGCUUCGCGGUGCUGGAGUACGAGACAGCAGAGAUGGCAGAGGCAGCACAAGAACGGGCAGAUGGCCUGGCCCUGGGUGGCAGCCACCUACGAGUGUCUUUCUGUGCCCCAGGUCCCCCUGGCCGCAGCAUGCUGGCAGCACUCAUUGCUGCCCAAGCCACGGCUCUCAAUCGAGGCAAGGGACUCCUGCCUGAGCCAAAUCUUCUGCAGCUAUUGAACAACCUGGGCCCAUCUGCAUCCCUCCAGCUGCUCCUCAACCCUCUGCUUCAUGGGGGUGCCAGUGGCAAGCAGGGCCUCCUGGGCGCACCCCCUGCCAUGCCGCUGCUCAGUGGGCCUGCCCUGUCCACUGCACUGCUGCAGCUAGCCCUGCAGAGCCAGAGCCAGAGUCAGAGCCAGAGCCAGAACCAGAACCAGAAGAAGCCUGGGAUCCUGGGCGACUCACCUCUGGGUACCCUCCAGACCGGGGCCCAACCUUCCAACCCUCUCCUUGGGGAGCUGUCUGCAGGUGGGGGCCUAGCCCCGGAACUGCCGCCCCGUCGAGGGAAGCCACAACCCUUACUACCACCAUUGCUGGGCCCCUCUGGGGGUGAUCGGGAGCCCAUGGGUCUGGGUCCCCCAGCAUCCCAGCUCACUCCACCCCAAGGCCCUGUGGGGCUCCGAGGCUCCAACCAUAGAGGCCUCCCGAAGGACAGUGGGCCCCUGCCAACGCCCCCUGGGGUCUCACUGCUGGGGGAGCCCCCAAAGGACUACCGCAUCCCCCUCAACCCCUACCUGAAUCUACACAGCCUGCUUCCAUCCAGUAACCCAGCAGGCAAGGAGACCCGGGGCUGGGGAGGCUCUGGGAGAGGCCGCCGCCCUGCUGAGCCCCCCUUGCCUAGCCCUGCAGUUCCUGGUGGAGGCAGUGGUAGCAACAAUGGCAGCAAAGCCUUCCAAAUGAAGUCCCGCCUACUCAGCCCCAUCGCCAGCAACCGCCUGCCCCCUGAGCCAGGGCUGUCUGACAGUUACGGCUUUGAUUACCCCACAGAUGUGGGACCUAGACGACUCUUCUCCCACCCUCGGGAACCAACUUUAGGGGCUCAUGGCCCCAGCCGACACAAGAUGUCCCCCCCACCUAGCAGCUUCAAUGAGCCCCGAAGUGGUGGAGGCAGUGGGGGACCCCUCUCUCAUUUUUACUCUGGCUCACCCACCUCCUACUUUACCAGUGGCCUACAGGCUGGCCUCAAGCAGAGCCACCUGAACAAGGCUGUUGGUUCCUCCCCAAUGGGCUCCAGCGAAGGGCUCCUGGGCCUUGGCCCUGGGCCCAAUGGUCACAGUCACCUGCUGAAGACCCCACUGGGUGGCCAGAAACGCAGUUUUUCCCACCUGCUGCCCUCACCUGAGCCCAGCCCAGAGGGCAGCUACGUGGGCCAGCACUCCCAGGGCCUCGGCGGCCACUACGCAGACUCCUACCUGAAGCGGAAGAGGAUUUUCUAAGGGGUCGACACCAGAGAUGCUCCAAGGGCCUGCACCAAGUUGCUUUUGGGUUUUUUCUGGUAUUUGUGUUUUCUGGGAUUUUAUUUUCAUUAUUAUUUUUUUUUAACGUCCUUUCUUUGAGUAAUAGAGAAAUCUCUGCAAAGGACUUUGCUGACGACCAGCCGGGGCUCGAGGGACGGGGGUUCGGGCCACCAUCACCUGUGGGCUUGCUCCUGGAGCCAAGCCCUGCAGCCUUAAGAGAGAGGGGCCUGGCCUGCUCUCCCGCCUCGUCACUCCUGUGCUCUGGCCCCUGAGUGCCUUUGGAGGUGGCUCUGACCUCUGAUGAUCAGAGACAGUCCCCGUUUUUUAAACUUCGACAAUUGACUUUGAUUUCCUUUUCUAAUUUUUAUUAUUUUUUAAAACAACCAGGAUGAUGACCACAUCUACUCCCCCAUCCCUCCAGAAAAGCCCCAACUUGAUUCCUUCAGGGUCUGGCCUGCCCAGGCCUCUAUUCCACAUGUGCAGGUCCCAACAGCUUAACCCUGUUCUUUUCCCAGUCAUCUGCUGCAGGUAUAGCUGUCUCAUGCCCCUGCCUGCCUACUCUGGCCAGUACCCUAAGCCCCAAGCUCUCCAGCUUCUGCCCCGUAUCCUUGCCUUCUGAUGCCUUAAAGUUGGGCCACAGGUCCUGCUGGGUCAGAGCCUCUCAGAUGCGGAGCUCCAAAAGCUCGGCUCAGGACCAAAGAGCUCUGGCCUAGGGCUCACCCUUUCUUCAGGUGUCUCCCUGUGGACAGAAGGCCAAAGCCUUGACCUUGGCAAGCCACCCCAAAGCCUGGAUGCCCAAAGCCUGAUGCAGAGACCAGUACUUUCUGCUGGCUUCAACAGUCUCCCCUGCUGUCUGUGAAAGGUGACCAUUGUACCCAGGCCACUAGGCCUCCACCAUGUUCCUUCAAACCCAGGUCAUUACCGUCCCCAGGCUGGAUCACUGGAGCAGGCCUCCUCUCUGCCCAUCUGAGGGGACCUAGGGGCUCUGCCCUUGGCCAGCUGAGCCACCACCAGCCUCCCUCCCCAAACAUGAUAACCCAAACCCACUCCAGUGGGCGUAUCUCCCCUCUCACCCCACCCCACCCCCUGCACAGACCUUUGCUGAAUUAAAGUUUGUAAGUAAACGGUUUUAAAAAAAAUCAGCUGGCUGGUUCUUGAUAUAAACCAUGGGCCAGCAAACUAGCUCAUAAUUCUGGUAACAGCACUUAGCACUAAUCCCGACAGCCUUGAGUUUUAUCCCUCUACCCCAAAUGAUGGAAGGAGAGAACUGACUUCCACAGAUUGAUCACCGACCUACACACGUCACAGAUGAGCUCAUACAGUCCCUAAAAUUUAAAUUGGGCUUGGAGGCCAGCCUGGUCUGUAUGAAUUGCUUAGUCUAUAGAAACCCUGUCUCAAACAAAAUUUAAAUCUUGGGCAUGGUUGCACAUAACCCUUAAUUCCAGCAAAGGCAUUCAGAGAUCAAGGCCAGACUAAGAGAUCCUGUCUAAAGAUUAGAGGACUCAGAGGUUGGUCCCAAUUGCGGCUCUUGCAGAGAACGGACUUUAGUUUCCAGCCCCACACUACCCAUUAACUCUUCUGGGCUCCAUAGGCACCCACUUGGUGCUCAUACGUACAUAUAAGCAAGACAUACAGUAAGGCCUAAGGGAAGAAACACAACCACGGGGCGAGGCCGGAAGUCCAGCUGGAUCGUAGUUCAUCACCUCUGACCUCACGGCGCCCAAACGCUGCGUUUACGGUCACUGCGGACGCGCGGAGCUUACUCGGUCUUCCGGUCACGUGGCCUGUCAUGGCCGCCUCCAUGGCCCGCGGCGUGAGCGCCCGGGUCCUGUUACGGGCGGCCGGGGGAUCUUGGGGACCCAGGGCCGGGCACGCGGCGGUAACAUCUAGGACGUUCGGGACUACAGGCGAGCGGCGUGCCGGCGAGGAGGAGGCGGACAGCCCGGAGCUGCCCCGGGACGUGUGAGUGCCCGUCGUGCCACGCCCUGCCCCUCCCUGCCACUCGGCCUCAGGCCGGCCUCCGGCUCAGCACCUGCACCCUGUUUGUCCCCAGGGUCAACGUGGUGUUCGUAGACCGCUCUGGCAAGCGGAUCCCGGUGAGGGGCAGAGUCGGGGACAAUGUUCUACACCUGGCCCAGCGCCACGGGGUGGACCUGGAAGGGGCCUGCGAAGCAUCCCUGGCCUGUUCCACCUGUCAUGUGUAUGUGAGUGAGGCCCACCUGGAUCUCCUGCCUCCUCCUGAGGAGAGGGAGGACGACAUGUUGGACAUGGCUCCACUGCUCCAGGAGAACUCAAGACUGGGCUGCCAGAUUGUGCUGACCCCUGAGCUGGAGGGAGUUGAGUUUGCUCUUCCCAAGAUCACCAGGAACUUCUAUGUGGACGGCCACGUACCCAAACCCCACUGACAAGAGGCCACUGGACCGACCAGGCCAUGGAACUGAAAAGAAAAGCCACGCUUCCUUCUCCAGAGCACGGACUGUCCAGGAAAGAGAAGUUGGA